GGGUGGAGGCAGCGUCAAUUGAGGAAGCGUCCACGCCCCCCUUCUUCCCUGCGUCGUUUCCGGAGGGUGAAUGGGCGGGCCGGCGAUGCGAAAGUGGAAAGGCGGAAGUGGAGGCCGAGACCCGGGCCUGGAGUUUUGUUAACCUGAAGCAGCGGAGAGAAGUGAAACAAGAGCCCGGGGGGUGGGAAGGCGACGUCGUUGCCGCCGCCUGUUUCGCCCCAUUUGUCGCUGCUUCCGAACUUGCUGAUAGCUGCCUCUGGAGUCCCUGCCUCGACGCAUCACUUCUGCUGUUGAAACUUGGAACAUUCCUGCAAGCCUCUGCACUUUAGGCCAUGGCGGGUCGGGGUGGCACGGCUCGAUCCAAUGGACCAGCCGCUGGAAACAAAAUCUGUCAGUUUAAAUUGGUUCUGCUUGGUGAGUCGGCAGUGGGGAAAUCCAGCCUCGUUUUGCGUUUUGUGAAAGGACAGUUUCAUGAAUACCAAGAAAGCACAAUUGGAGCUGCCUUUCUAACACAGACAGUCUGUUUGGAUGACACAACUGUUAAAUUUGAGAUCUGGGAUACUGCUGGGCAAGAGAGAUAUCACAGCUUGGCACCAAUGUACUACAGAGGGGCUCAGGCUGCCAUUGUGGUCUAUGAUAUAACCAACACAGACACAUUUGCACGGGCUAAGAACUGGGUAAAGGAACUGCAACGACAAGCCAGUCCAAAUAUAGUGAUUGCAUUAGCUGGGAACAAGGCUGACCUUGCAAAUAAAAGAGCAGUGGAAUUUCAGGAAGCACAAGCAUAUGCAGAAGACAACAGCUUGCUGUUCAUGGAGACAUCAGCAAAGACAGCAAUGAAUGUGAAUGAAAUAUUUAUGGCCAUAGCCAAAAAGCUGCCGAAAAACGAACCUCAGAAUGCAGGUGGAACCUCGGGACGAACCAGAGGUGUGGACCUCCAGGAGACCAGUCCGCAGAGUCGGAGCCAGUGCUGCAGCAAUUAAACUGGUAACUGGCAGGUGUCCUCACAAAACCCGACCAGAAUCCCAUUUACCACUCGCACUUACCGCAAGGGCGGCUGCAGAUCGCUGCAUUGAUUCUUCACACCACUCCAAUCAUCCAGGAGGAAAUCCAACACUUUUUCCAUAUGAAAUAAAUUUUAAGUCUUAAAUCACUUUUAAUAUCAACCUUUUUGCUCUUCCCUUCUAAUUCCAGUGGCGGAUGCAUGCACCAGUUAUUUUGAGCCAACUUUACCUGGGCAAUUCCUUCAUUUUCAGACUCUACAAUCUUGUAUAAUAUCUGGAGAGCGAAGAUUUAAAAAAAAUAGAUUAGGUGUCUUUUUGUGAAUCUGCCUAAAGAACUACUUAGUACGCAACCCCUCCAAUAACUAUUAACAAAUUUAAUUUAACAUGGGAAUCAGCGGUUAAAUGCUCGUGGUUUUGACCAAAUCACAAUUAUGAAUUUUGAAAAGGAUCUCUGUAUUUGUAAUGUAAGUUUUCUUUGUACUCAAUCAGUAAACCAUUAUGUCCAUACAGCACCUUCCAAUAUAGCUGUUUUGUUCUUCCUAUUUGUGUUCGGAAAGCAUGGAGUUUUCUUUUUGGUUUCUAGUGUUAUGCACUAUUCUGUUCAAAUUUUUUGCAAUAAUCUGUAAAUUUCAAUGUCCAUGGAGGUGAUGUGAUGUCCCUAAUGUCAGCAAUUACAAUCUUGCACAAUGCUCAAAUUUGUGGAGAGUGUUCAGUCGUGCUCUGACUGUUGGCAGUGAAAAAGCAAGUUUGCCUGUGUGAGAGAUACCCAUCUGUAAUACAAAAAUCUGUAAUUUGACAAAUAAAAAUAGAGGGAGGUAUGAAGUAA